GCAGCGGCAGCGGCUCUCGUUCCUGCCCAGCUCUCUCCCCUCCUUCCCUCCCCACCAGAUCCUGGAGUUCGCCCGCCAUGGCUUUACUCACUGCGGCCGCCUGCCUCUUGGGAGCCAAGAAUGCAUCCUGUGUUGUUUUUGCUGCCCGGCAUGCGAGUGCUUCCUCCACGAAUUUGAAAGACAUAUUGGCUGAUCUGAUACCUAAAGAGCAGGCCAGAAUUAAGACCUUCAGACAGCAACAUGGCAAGACAGUGGUGGGCCAAAUCACUGUGGACAUGAUGUAUGGUGGCAUGAGAGGCAUGAAGGGAUUGGUAUACGAAACAUCAGUUCUUGAUCCUGAUGAGGGCAUCCGUUUCCGAGGAUUUAGUAUCCCUGAAUGCCAGAAAGUGCUGCCCAAGGCUAAGGGAGGGGAAGAACCCCUGCCUGAGGGCUUAUUUUGGCUGCUGGUAACUGGACAGAUCCCAAAAGAGGAACAGGUAUCUUGGCUCUCAAAAGAGUGGGCAAAGAGAGCAGCUCUGCCUUCCCAUGUGGUCACCAUGCUGGACAACUUUCCCACCAAUCUGCACCCUGUGUCUCAGCUCAGUACAGCCAUUACAGCCCUCAACAGUGAAAGUAACUUUGCCCGAGCAUAUUCAGAGGGUAUCAACCGAACCAAAUACUGGGAGUUGAUUUAUGAAGACUGUAUGGAUCUGAUCGCAAAGCUACCUUGUGUUGCAGCAAAGAUCUACCAGAAUCUCUACCGGGAGGGCACCAGUAUUGGGGCCAUUGACUCUAAGCUGGACUGGUCCCACAAUUUCACCAACAUAUUAGGCUAUCCUGAUGCACAGUUCACUGAGCUCAUGCGCCUGUACCUCACUAUCCACAGUGACCAUGAGGGCGGCAAUGUAAGUGCCCAUACCAGCCACUUGGUGGACAGUGCCCUUUCAGACCCUUACCUGUGCUUUGCAGCAGCCAUGAAUGGGCUGGCAGGGCCUCUACAUGGACUGGCAAAUCAGGAAGUGCUUGUUUGGCUAACACAACUACAGAAGGAAGUUGGCAACAAGGUAUCAGAUGAGACGUUACGAGACUAUAUCUGGAACACACUCAACUCAGGACAGGUUGUUCCAGGCUAUGGUCAUGCAGUACUAAGGAAGACUGAUCAACGAUAUACCUGUCAGCGAGAGUUUGCUCUGAAACAUCUGCCUAAUGACCCCAUGUUUAAGCUGGUUGCUCAACUAUACAAGAUUGUGCCCAAUAUCCUCUUGGAACAGGGCAAGGCCAAGAAUCCUUGGCCCGAUGUAGAUGCUCACAGUGGGGUGCUGCUCCAGUACUAUGGCAUGACGGAGAUGAAUUACUACACGGUCCUGUUCGGGGUGUCCCGGGCACUGGGUGUACUGGCACAGCUCAUCUGGAGCCGAGCACUAGGCUUCCCUCUAGAGAGGCCCAAAUCCAUGAGCACGGAUGGUCUGAUGAAGUUUGUGGACUCAAAGUCAGGGUAAAACUGGAGACUGGAAGGAAACUGACUAUUAGGAAGUGAGGAAGCUUAAAAAUAUAUAUAUACACCUUUGUUUCAGGGGGCCUUUAAAGACUUAAGAUUAAAUUGUGUCUGAGGCACUGAUAAUAUGUUUGAGGUUAAAAUAUAAAUUAUGACUUUAAAAAGAUGAAAAGUGACCCCUUCUUCCCUAACCAGCUCCCUUCCCCUGCCUGGUAUGAGUUGCCCAUCAACUGUAGGAUGACCAGGACUAAUGCAUGUAGUAUGGGUUAGAUUUGG